AUCAAGUCAAGUGUCUCUGAGUGCGUGAGUGCGUGUGUGCUUGAGUGAAAAACCCCGACAGCAACCCUCUUGGAAUACCAGCGUGCUGCCCCACCAUGGCGGCGUCCAAGGCCCUGGCCGUCGUGCUGCUCGGUCUGCUGGCCCAGACCUUGGCGCACUACGACCCCGAGCAGGAGUACAGGCGGCGUGAGGCGCAGAUCGCGUGCGCGACGCCCGGCCACGCCCUGGGCCUGUCGCCCGCCGCCUACGCCGGCUACUCCGGCUUCGCCAGCAACGCGCUCUCCUCCUACUCCGCCAGCGGCGCCUACUCGGCCUUCUCCGCCAGCCCCGCGGUGUCCGCCUUCUCCGCCACCCCCGGCUUCUCGUCCUACUCCGUGAGCCCCGCCGUGUCGGCCUACUCGGCCACCCCCGGGUUCGCGUCGUACUCCGCCGGCCCCGCUGUGGCGGCCUACUCCGCCACCCCCGCCGUGGCCGUGUCCAAGGCCUACCUGCCCCCGGCGCCCGCCAUCAAGGUCGCCGCCCCUGCCGUGGCCACCUACGCCGCUGCCCCCGCUAAAAUUGCCUACGCCGCUGCCCCCGCCGUGGCCACCUACGCCGCUGCCCCCGCUAAAAUUGCCUACGCCGCUGCCCCCGCCGUAGCCACCUACGCUGCCGCCCCCGCUAAGAUUGCCUACGCCGCUGCCCCCGCCGUCGCUACCUACGCCGCCGCUCCCGCUAAGGUUGCCUACGCUACCGCCCCCGCCGUGGCCACCUACGCCGCUGCCCCCGCCAAGAUCGCUUACAGCGCCGCCCCCGCUGUGUCGUCCUCCUACAUCACCACCGGCGCCGUUAAGGUCGCCUCUGCUGGCUCUGCCUACUCUGCCUACUCCGCCGGCCCCGCCGUCACUGCCUACUCCGCUACCCCCGCGGUCGCUGCCUACUCCGCUACCCCCGCGGUCGCCGCCUACUCAGCCACCCCCGCCGUGGCCGCCUACGCCGCUACCCCCGCUAAGAUCGCCUACAGUGCUGCCCCCGCCGUGUCAUCCUCCUACAUCUCCACCGGAGCCGUCAAGUACGCUGCCGCCGCCCCCGCCGUGGCCACCUACGCCGCUGCCCCCGCUGUCGCCACCUACGCCGCCGCGCCCGCCAAGGUUGCCUACUCUGCCGCCCCCGCCGUGGCCACCUACGCCGCUGCCCCCGCCAAGAUCGCCUACAGCGCCGCCCCCGCCGUGUCCUCCUCCUACAUCACCACCGGCGCCGUUAAGGUCGCUUCCGCUGGCUCUGCCUACUCUGCCUACUCCGCCGGCCCCGCCGUCGCCGCCUACUCCGCCACCCCCGCUGUAGCCACUUACUCCUCCUCCCCUGCCGUGGCGACCUACGCCGCGUCCCCCGCUGUUGCCACCUACGCCGCCACCCCCGCCGUCCACGCUUACUCUGCCGCCCCCGCCGUCCACGCUUACUCCGCCGCCCCCGCCGUGGCCACCUACGCCGCUGCCCCCGCCAAGAUCGCCUACAGCGCCGCCCCCGCCGUCUCCUCCUCCUACAUCACCACCGGCGCCGUUAAGGUCGCCUCCGCUGGCUCCGCCUACUCUGCCUACUCCGCCGGCCCCGCCGUCGCUGCCUACUCUGCCGCCCCCGCCGUGGCCGCCUACUCCGCCGCCCCCGCCGUCGCUAGCUACGCCACCGCUCCCGUCAAGGUCGCCGCCGCGUACGCUGCCCCCGUGCAGACCGCCUACGCCGGCUACGCCCCCGCCGCCCCCGUCCUGCAGUACGCCCCCGCCGCCCACCUGAAGGCCAUCACCCCCGCCGCCCUCAAGAAGGUCCACCACAAGCACCUCGAGGAAUACGACGACCACCCCAGGUACGCGUUCGAGUACGGCGUGUCCGACCCCCACACCGGCGACCAGAAGGAGCAGCGCGAGGAGCGCGACGGCGACGUGGUCAAGGGCCAGUACUCCGUGGUGGAGCCCGACGGCUCGGUGCGCACCGUCAACUACGUGGCCGACUGGGAGACCGGCUUCCACGCCACCGUGUCCAAGGACGCCCCCAACCACAAGAUCGGCACCGUCCACUAGCAAGUGUCGCGGCGCUAGUUGUCGUAGCGGUUCCAGAGCCGGCCUAAAGGACGGGCAAUGUAGCACUCUUUGCUUACUUACAGUGGCGACGUGUGGCUUUUUGCCUACCUGUCAGGCGGCUGUUUAGGGGCCAGGGGGGUCAAUAGUUCUGUUGCCCCCUCCUCUCCCCCACUGGAUCCGCGCAUGUCGUCUCCGCGCGCGGCCUCACGCCGAAGCAGUGCGUGAUUGGCUUCGCGCUUCGCCCCCCAGUCAGUCCGUUGGUUCCGAAUGACGUCACCGCCGCGGAUGUUGGUUCGCGGCACUGCAAGUCAGCCGGCCCCACAAUGCUCAUUGUGCACUGCACUGUAUUAUUUUUCCGCCCCCGACAGUGUCGUGCAAACAGGCGACUAUUGCCUCAUCAAUCGUUAUGACAUCGCUCUCUGAUCCCCUUGGCACACCAACGCCGGGCCUUUUGCGUGAGGCCGCGCUCUGGGAGACGUCGUCUCCAAUGUGAUUGUGAAGUUACUUUUAGGACUUACCAGUGUUUCGCUAACCUACGCACCAUUUUGUUUUACUCGUGGGUUUCGAAGCAGUUUUUUUUUUUAUAUGUUGUAGUUUUACGUUGUUCUUCUCAUCUCAUCCCUUUGCAUAUUCUCAUUAUCACUUACGACCACAGACGUGUGGUACUAGUCCCCUUUCAUCGCGUCAUCGCCUCGAGGCGCUUUUGUGAGCUCCUUUCAUUACAUUAAUGGAGGACUCUAUGGUUAACAGGCGUGUACAAAGCCUUCUUGUGUACCUAAGCAGCAACGCAAAGUUACCCGAAACGCCACUGCCCCGCUCUUUGUGCAAUUAUUUUUUUUGUUAAUGUUAUUGUGUCCUCUGUUACUCAACGAUGUAAUGUGGUUUGUUCGUUACUCAGCCUGCACAUAUAACGCAACGAAUGUCAAUUUAUUUUUUUGAAUAAUAGUGCUUUUGUAAUGAUAAAUAAAACGUGAUAUAAAAGAA